GUGACGUCAGCGGGAGCUGUUCAAAGUGGUGUGGUGCUGAAGAGACAACUCUCCCGGCCGCUUAUUCAGGCAGCCAGACGCCCGCACGCUCGUUCGCUCGCUCGGCUCUAGGUCGGUUGUUCCGCGGACAGCAGCUGGUCCGGGGACGCUGGAUUUCACCGCCUUGAAGAGCGUUCAUUAGCGCUCGGUGCAGGAGGACAGAGAAGGAGGAGGAGAAGCCCAUGUGGGAGCGAUUUCCAACAAGUUUGGAGGAAAUGCUGAUGUUGAGUGGAUACCCCCUCCAGAGGUGGCUUGAGUCCUCGCAAUCAUAGAUCCGUCAUCAAGGGAAUAGCUUUCAUCAUGGCAACUGCCUACCUCGAGACUGCGCUCCUUGACCCCUCCUGUGGAGGGUGUAAUUACUGAGGGAGGGGCAGCAAGACUGAGAUAAGCUUUCCUGUGAAGAUAGAAAUCAUCCAAACCAUGUAGUGUUCCUUUCUCCAAGGAAUGGGGGAGGGUCUACAUUUGAGUCUGAUCUUUUUUCAUUUAUUUCUGCUUAUGUAAUCAGUGGAAGAGAUUUUGUGAUUGAUUAUAGUGUAUGUGGGCGUGCAAGGUGAGGAGAAAGUGACAGACAGAAAGAGAGAGAAGAAGGAAAGAGAUGGUCCUCCACAUCACCCCGUAUUCCAGUGCCUGUCUGCACUUCUUGGAUGGCUUGUCGUGGAGCCUGGUGUUUCCCUGUUACUGGUUCCUGGACCGGCUCCUGGCCUCCUGUGUGGCCACCUCGCUGGAGAAGCGACAGCGCUCCCAGGACCCCUGCUCCUUCCUCACGUUAUGUGUGCUGAUCUCCGCACCCCUUUACCUGCUCCUCCUCCUCGCCUCCUUGCCCUUUGCUCUGCUGGGCUUCAUCAUCUGGGCUCCCCUGCAGGCGAUCCGCCAGCCCUACCUUUACACCUACUGCAGGCCAGACAAACACCAGGCUGAACAAGGUCAAGCAGGUGCUGGAAUUGGGGAAUGGAGGCCACAGGGCAGAAGCUUCUGUUUCUGCAGUGCCAAUGUUUGCCUUCUGCCCGACUCCCUAGCAAGGUUCAACAACCUGUCAGACACCCACCGGAGAGCACGGGAGGUAGGGAAGAGGAUCCGCAAUGGUGCCAGCCGACCUCAGAUUAAAAUCUACAUUGACUCACCUACCAACACUUCUAUCAGUGCGGCGUCCUUCAGCAGCCUUGCUACAGGUUUCCGUCGUACCUCAUCGUUGGACCAACGUCCAGACCAAACACACACAACCAAUGGCCCAGCCGACACCGAAACUGAACCUGCCACCGAGUGCCCGAUUCACCCCUCAGGUGCCACUGACUGCCCCGUUCACCCCUCUGUGAAUGACCAGGGCUCUGCUGAAUGCCCUGUGCACCCUGAUGGGGCAGACACUACAGCAGACUGCCCCCUCCACCAAGGGGGGACUAAAAGCAGCUCAGACUGUCCCAUUCACACCUCAGGGGAGGCUGCAGACUGCCCCGUGCAUUCCACAGUAGCUCAGAGUGCUCCUGGUCAUCAUGACUGUCCCAUGCAUGGGGAUGGGACCCAGCCAAAACCCUCAACAGACUGUCCGCUUCACACCUCAGGGGUUCAAAUUAGCAUCAGUGCUCCAGAGCCGGACCCCCAGGAAGAGGAGGCGGAGACAGGGAACCACCGGCCCGGAGAGCACGGAGGGGCAGACACGGGCAGCAUGACUGCUUCUCGUGAGUCCCUUGCUCGUUACCAUGGAAGUGAUGGCGGGAUAGGGAUAUCCUCCAACAAUACUCUCUCUCAUGUCCCACGCACAUCAAUAUUCAAGCGCCCAGGACGAAAACGCCGCCAUGGAGAUGAAACGUUCGACCAUGAGAUCUCUGCCUUUUUCCCUGCCAACUUGGAUUUCCUGGCUCUACAGGAGGUAUUUGACCAUGGAUCGACCACUAGACUACGGCGCCAGCUGCAUCGCUAUUUUCCCUACAUCCUGAGUGAUGUUGGGCGGUAUGGCUGGAAAGGCUGCUGCUCCAGGUUCAAAUUCCUGAACAGUGGGCUCAUGCUGGCAAGCCGUUACCCUAUCCUGGAUGCACGAUAUGAGUGCUACCCCAAUGGCAGAGGGGAAGAUGCACUGGCAGCCAAGGGGGCGCUGUUUGCCAAGGUUCACGUGGGCACCUCACACCAAGAGCAGAGGGUGGUGGGAUACGUCACAUGUACGCAUCUCCACGCCAUAGAAGGUGAUGCAUCAGUACGGUGUGAGCAGCUGGACCUGUUACUUCAGUGGGGGGCAGAGUUUCGCCAGUCAUCAUCCAUACCACCAGAAGGAGAGAAGGUGCUGGAAGACCUGGUGGCCUUUGACGUCAUCCUGGGCGACCUCAACUUUGACAACUGCUCUUCAGAGGACAAGCUGGAGCAGCAGCACGCACUUUUUACUCAAUACAAGGACCCAUGUCGCCUGGGGCCAGGGGAGGACAAACCAUGGGCUCUGGGUACUCUGCUGGAUCCCAGUGGCCUUUAUGAUGAAGAUGUCAGUUCACCGGAAAGUUUACAAAAACUUAUGGAGAACGAGGAGGGAAGGAAGGAGUACCUGGUGUUUCCUCCCAGUAAGAGCCAGUGUCCUGCCAGCAGUCAGAAGGGAAGGAAAAUCCCGCUGAAGGGCAAUGGACGCCGUAUUGACUACAUCCUUUACAGUGACGAGGGCCUCCAACAGGACUGGAAACUGGAAAUCGAGGAGUUCAGCUUCGUCACCCAGCUGGCCGGCCUUACCGACCACCUGUCUGUGGCCAUGCGAUUGGCUGUUUCCACUGGGGAAGAGGAGCCUUAGACUCAUCACCUGAGCUUUUUAUUUAAAUACUGCCAUGGAGGAACAGCCGUCAGCCAGGAUGAGAAGAAGAUGUUACAGAUAAGGAGGUGCUCAAGGAAAGAUUGAUGGGGCAGCAAAUAGAUGGAUGAAUGAACGAAGGAGGAUUAAUGAAGGUAGAGAAGAGGACCACCUGAGGGGAGAUAUGAAGAGAGUGAGAGACUCUGAGCGGGAGAGAUAAGCAGGGGAAUUCAGUUUAGGAAACCAGAAAGAUUUUCAUCUUCCUGGGUAAAUCACCCACUCAGUCACACACAUUAAAUACAGCACCACCCACAAGAGAUCGACUUCUUGACUGUUGAGUAUCGCCUGGCCUCUCCUCCAACGCUCCCUCUGGAACUGAGUCCAAAGGGUUUUAUUUUCAGUGAAUGGUUUCAUGUAGCCAAUACACACACUCCUUUUAUCAGAUCUGUUUUAGCCGUAGUGUUAGUAUGAUUUCUUUUUUUAAUUAUAAUUAUUGUUAUUAUUAUUCUACCUUCAGGGACAGUUGGAUCCUCAUUUGUUUAGUGACUGUGUAUUAAAGGAAAACACAUUAUUGGAGAGAAGCGUACAGCUACAGACUGGCCUUUAUACUGACCGUCUGUGUCUUUGUGUCGUGUUCCUUGCUGAAAGGCUUUUGGUCAGUUAUUCACCUUACUGCUCUCACAGUCAGUCCCAGGAACCUCAACAAGUGUCUUUUCUUUUCUAAAAAAACCAAGUCUUUCUAAAAGGAUGAAAUCAAUGUACAAUUUCUAUUGUGGCCGCACCAAUUUUUAUAAGGAGUUGAAAUGCCUGUUUAAUAUUAUAUGGUAUGUUUCUAUAAAGAGGUAUUGUAUAAAGGGACAUGAAAUUGGAGGGAAAGCGUUGUCGGUUGAAUGCGAUGCGACCCUACAGCAUGUUUUCUCAGCCAUGUUUGGUGAAACAAUUGGUGAGGCUUUGCUGAUGCAUGAUGGGAAAUGGUGUUAGUUUACAACAUUCAUAUAAAGGCUUGACACAUACUUAUACGAGUCUGGAUGCCUCGAGGGGCAUUUCGGCUCUCAAACACACACCUGCGCGUCUGUGUGGCAUUUGUGCAUGCUAAUGCUAAUAACACACAUACAGAGGAUUUACCUAAUGCAGGCACACAGCUACACACAUGACAUAAGGAGGGCUUUCAGUGGAUGUAAUAAACCCUCUGGCAGCCAAAUUGGACCUCUUCACGUGUCCGACACGGGACAUGGCGAUCUUUUUGAGAGACUAGAUAUUGUCAACUUGUUAGCAAACAAACCAUAGUAGCUAUCUGGUUGACAAACCAUCACUGUAUUGUGAGCACGUCUGUUUGGUUCACUCAGUAAAGUCCAGCAUGAAGCCCAGUUAUUAGCGCAGCAAGUUGUCCAGUGGAUUAUUACGUUGACAGCCAUAUUGCGACGCAACUGCAAAACCUCAUUGUUCUGUAACAUUUUAAACACCUACAGGCUGUGCAAUAUGCCACGUAAACUCAAUAUAAAGUUCAAAGAGUCCCAAAGAUUAGCACAGACCGCCCAAGAAGACACAGAAUUCAGAUUUUAUUGCAUCAAACACUUCUUUUUUCACUUUUUUCACAAAUACCUUUAAAUAACAAAAACUAUCCUGUUUUUUUUUACAAUGUAUCCGAUAUUUUAAAAAAAGAAAGAAAGCAGGACAUGUUCUGGUUUUUUGUUGUUGUUGUUGUUGUUGUUGUUUGUUUUUAUUGCAGCACAAAUUCCUGGGAAUGAUUUGCCAGUAAAUGUUCUAUAAUUUCCUGGAUUUCAUUUUUCUUUUAAAAUGGAGAAGUGUAGAAGUGAAAAAAACAAAACAUGACUGAAGGUGUGUUCAGACUGAAAGCCCAGUAACUCCAUUUGAGACUUUUUCUCUUUAACGAAAAAAAAAAAAUCCCAAGUAUUUUAGCCGUUGUGCAAAUUCAUUCGAAUUCCCACUAACUGCUUUGCCUUCAGCCUAAAUGCACCUUCAGAUUUCUGCUGUACUGUGUUACAAUGUGGAGAAACUGGCUGGACAAUUUUUGAAAUACUAAAUCAUUAUAAAGCCAUUACACCAACUCUCUGUCUGUAACAGAGCCAAACAGACCAUGGUAUCAAACAGGAGCUGGAACUUGUUUAGAGAUGUGUGCUUACUCAAACUGUCCUUAAAUACCCCCAGACAUGCAGCUGUGGUGCUGUGAACUCAGUGUGCUGUGGGCGAGUGACCUUGUUAUCCUAAAGUUUAAGAAAUGAGGAAGCAGUUUUUAAACUAUCAGUAUUCUUAAGUGAGAUGCUGCCAAAUUAAACAGUUAUGCUUGGAAAAACUACAACUGUCACUCAUACAGCAAAUACCUUGAAUAUAAAGUGGGCAAACAUUAGCCAUCACAAGCUAAUGGUCAUAUCAAGCCAAGUCAAGUUUGCAUCCAAAUGCUAGAGUCGUAUUUUCUCCACAGUGCCUGUUGUUUAGCACCACACAUGCUAACCUGCAAACUGUAAAUGCAGUAAACUCCAGAUUAAUCCUCUACCGUUCUGUUAAUCCAGGAACUACACCCAUACGGCCAUCGCUCAAUAUGGGCCGUAACACCUCUCUCUCUGAACAAAACAUGCUUUACGGUGAUAGUUAAGCUUGCAGAUACUGUCUGUAUACCAUGAUCUGCACGGCAAACAAUGUUUACAACAGUUUUUUGACCUUUCUGCCUGUCUCGUAAUCACUUCAGAGAAAACGUUUCACUUCAAGCAUCACUUUCAGCAUCAGUGCAAAUAUGAAUAUGUUGGGGCAACUUCAUGUGGUAUUUCCCCCCAGUUAAAAAGUGCUAGCUGGCAUUUCUGUGAAUAAAAACUGUGCUGAAUGAUAACCCAGGGUGGCCAGUGCGCUAUAGUAUGUUUACAGGCAUGGUAUCAGCAGUCUACAUCCUGCUGUUGUGAGUGUGUGUGUGUGUGUGCACAGGACGUCUCAGUCAUCCUGUUAUGUAUGUUCAGCUUACAGUUUUGCAUACA